AUGGCUGCCCGGCUGCCCUCAGUGUGGAAGCGCUUUUCGUCCACCAUCACUCCCCGUGCAGCCCCGCCAAAGGCGCACCACCAUGCGCCCAUACCUGACAGUGCGUUUCCUGCAGGCUACGCGGUGACCGGUCUGCACUGCGGCAUCAAGAAGACCGGUGCGCCGGACCUCGCGGUCAUCCUGUCGACCUCUCCUCGCCCGACGUCCGCGGCAGCGUGCUUCACCCGCAAUGCGUUCAAGGCAGCCCCAGUCGUCGUCUCUGAGGAGGUGCUUAAUGCUAACGAUGGUCGUGCCCGGGCGAUCGUGGUCAACAGCGGCUGCGCCAACGCCGUCACUGGCAAGAAGGGCAUGGAGGACGCUUGGUCGAUGGUCCGCGCCACGGACGCGCUGCUCGAGUCACCGCCCAAGGAGAAGAGCGAGACCCUCGUCAUGUCCACCGGAGUCAUUGGCGUGAACCUCCCUAUCUCGAAAAUCCUCACAGGUAUCCAGUCGCAGUCAAAGGAGGGCAAGACCCUCGGGUCGACGUUCGACGCCUGGGAGCGCGCCGCGAAGGCGUUCAUGACCACGGACACCUUCCCGAAGCUGCGCGCGCACACGUUCACCGUGAACGGCAAGGAGUACCGGAUCGCGGGCAUGGACAAGGGCGCGGGCAUGAUCCACCCCGACAUGGGCCCCCCACGGUCCUCCGGCCAGCUGCACGCGACGCUUCUAGGCUGCAUCUUGACUGAUGCCGCUGUCUCGUCUCGUAGCCUGCAGUCCGCCCUCACGUACGCUGUAGACCGCAGCUUCAACUCCAUCAGUGUCGAUGGGGACAUGUCUACGAACGACACCAUCGUGGUCCUCGCCAACGGUGCCGCUACUGGUGGCUCAGACACGCAGGAGAUCGACGAGCAGCGCGACCCUACGGCGUAUACGACGUUCAGAGAUGCGCUGACAACCUUCGCUGCCGAGCUCGCUCAAUUGGUCGUCAGGGACGGUGAAGGUGCUACUAAGUUCGUAACAGUAUCCGUACAGGGCGCAGCUACAUAUGAGGAUGCUCACCGAAUAGCAUCGCGCAUCUCCACGUCUGCUCUGGUGAAGACUGCUCUUUAUGGCGAGGACGCUAACUGGGGACGUAUCCUGGCCGCUGCGGGAGCCGUACCUCUCUCCAAGCCUUUGGAUCCAGCCCGUGUCAACGUCUCGUUCAUCCCUACGGAUGGCUCACCCGCCCUCCCGCUUCUCAUCAACGGCGAACCCGAGACCGUGGACGAAGUGCGCGCAAAACAAAUCCUCAGCGUCGAGGACCUCGCGAUUCAAGUCGAGCUCGGGCUCGGCUCGCAGAGUGCAAAAUACUGGACGUGCGACUUCAGCUAUUGCGUGCGCUGA